AUGGGUUCAUUGGAUACAAUCGAGAACAAGCCUCACGCAGUGUGCAUCCCAUACCCAGCACAAGGGCACGUAAACCCAAUGCUCAAACUAGCAAAGAUACUCCAUGUCAAAGGUUUUCAUAUAACCUUUGUUAACUCAGAGUAUAACCACAAACGCCUUCUCAAAGCCAGAGGUCCUGAUUCCCUCAAUGGCCUCCCUUCAUUUCGUUUCCAAACCAUCCCUGAUGGUCUUCCUGAGACUGAUAUUGAUGCUACACAGCACGUGCCUUCCCUGUGUGACUCCACUAGAAAAACUUGCUUACCUCACUUCAAGAACCUCCUUUCCAAACUUAAUAAUACUUCAGAUGUCCCUUCAGUCACUUGCAUAAUUUCUGACGGUAUCAUGAGCUUCACUGUCGAUGCUGCAAAAGAACUGGGUAUCCCAGACGUGUUUUUCUGGACAACUAGUGCAUGUGGGUUCAUGGGUUACGUCCAAUAUGAACAACUCAUUCACAAGGGCUUAACACCCCUCAAAGACUCAAGUUAUAUCACAAACGGGUAUUUGGAGACUAGCAUCGAUUGGGUGCCAGGCAUCAAAGAAAUCAGACUGAGGGAUAUUCCCACCUUCAUAAGAACCACAGACCCAGAUGAUCUUAUGCUUGAUUACGUACAGUGGGUGUGCAAGAAAGCAAGGGAAGCUUCUGCAAUUAUUUUGAACACGUUUGAUGCCUUAGAGCAUGAUGUUUUGGAGGCAUUCUCGUCCAUUUUGCCUCCUGUCUAUUCCAUUGGUCCCUUGAAUGAUGUUGCUGAUAAGGAAUUGAAAGCUAUUGGGUCGAACCUUUGGAAGGAGGAGCCAGAGUGUUUGGAAUGGCUUGACACCAAAGAACCCAACUCUGUUGUUUACGUGAACUUCGGGAGCGUCACGGUUAUGACAAAUGACCAAUUGAUUGAGUUUGCUUGGGGACUUGCUAAUAGUAACAAAACCUUUUUGUGGAUUAUCAGACCAGAUCUUGUGGCUGGUGAAAACGCUGUUCUGCCUCCAGAGUUUGUGGCAGAGACAGAAAACCGAGGCCUAUUGUCAAGUUGGUGUGCUCAAGAGCAAGUGCUGGCUCACUCAGCAAUUGGAGGGUUCUUGACACACAGCGGUUGGAAUUCAACAUUGGAAAGUAUUUGUGGAGGUGUUCCAAUGAUAUGUUGGCCUUUCUUUGCGGAGCAACAAACCAAUUGCCGAUUCUGCUGCAACGAAUGGGGGAUUGGAAUGGAGAUAGAAGAUGUUAAGAGUGACAAAAUUGAGAGCCUUGUGAAGGAGUUGAUGGAUGGGGAAAAGGGUAGAGUGAUGAAAGAGAAAGCUUUGGAAUGGAAAACACUGGCACAAGAUGCUGCUUCUGCCCCAGAUGGAUCUUCCUUUCUUAAUUUGGACAACAUGGUUCGGCAAGUUCUUUUGGGAAAACAUGGUUUAACCGUGGCUAUUCUAAUGAUUUUUUUAAAAAAAAAAAUUAUGAUAGCCUUGUUGUGGCUAAGUUUAUAG